UUCGAAAUUGUGAAUCUUCUAAAUACCUAGCGUUACCUUAACGUGCGAAAUAUCUCAGUCGCGUGUUCUAGCUUUCCAAGCUUGGUUUAGUAUUUAAUAUAUUCUUGUUUUUUCUUCAAAAUUCUGUUAAAAUGGCAGAUACCCAGAAAUUCUUUCUAACGAUCACACAACGUAUAUUCAGCAAUUGGACGGCAUUGAAGUUAGCAGUGGAGCAUGGCAUGUGUUCAAAAGAUAACGCGGUAGAAUUUUGCACAUACGUCACGGACGUGCUAUAUUUGAAUGAUGGAUUAGACGUUAGCAAAGUUGCUGCAAUACUUGAAGAUUAUAUGGAUGACUGCUUUAGCACAGAAAUAGAGGAUGAUAGUGCUAGGGAAGUAGCAGAUAUAUUACUUCAAUUUUAUCGAUAUUGCAUAGAGGGCAAUGAGUCUACAGCAAGAACAGAGUUUGAGAAGCUGCCACCAUUGCAAUCUUGGCUCUUGUUGCCACAACCUGUUCAGCAUAGUCAUGUAACAACAAACUAUGACAACAAGAGUAGUUCUGAUGAAGAUAUGGACUCGAAUAAUGAGAAUACAAAUGAGGAAGGAUGGAUGACAGUCAAAAGCGGGAGACGUAGGAGAUAAUUCACAAUGUUUUAUACAAAUGAUAUCUUUACUUAGCAAUUUCUUGUUAUAAAAGAGUGAAAAGACACGGAGCGAGAAAUACAGACAGGUGCGCAUAUGUUACUAUAACAUAAUACGUGCGCGUAUGUUU